CAAGUGCCACUUUGAUUUUGAGUUGUCAAUUCAAAGUUGUCAAAUAUUUAUCUGCUGUUGUUAUCACAUUGAUAAACCAAGAAAAUACAAUGAAAUAAAAUAGAUCCAGUUCAUUUAGAUUAUUGCUGUGAAAAUUGCAAAGCCUCUUUUAUUUGGUUUAAAUAAUUAUGUGUUCCCGGAACUGAUUUAAAACGAAAAAUGGAACACAAUAGUGCCGAUAGUUCUCCUAAUUCGCCUUCAAAGAAAUUUCCUGAAAUCACCGAUUAUUUGUUGGACCUACCAGCAUGGAGUGUAGACAGCCUGAAAGCUAUAGCCAUUCAGCAGAGGCUGCCGCGCCCACGGAGCCUAGCCUGGGCCAUACUGCUGAAUGCCUUACCUCCACCUAACAUGGAUAUUGUAUCCAGUUUGAAAGCUCAUAGGAAUUUCUAUGAUGACUUGAGUGUGAAGCUGUCAAUGGACCCAAGAGCUGUGAUAGGAGACGAUCCACUCUCACAGGAUGAUGAGAGCGUAUGGAAACAGCAUUUCUGUGAUAACGAGCUGAAAACGCUCAUACUUCAGGAUGUCGUCAGGACAUUUCCUGAGGAGCAGUAUUUUAGAGAGAAAGAUGUGCAGGACCUUAUGGUGCGUAUCCUAUUCUUCUGGGCGCGUUCCCACGCUAACGUGGGGUACAGGCAGGGCAUGCACGAGAUCCUAGCGCCCGUGUUGUUCGAACUGCAUCUCGAUAGGAAAUAUGCACCUGAUGAUUUAGGAGACAAGUUAAAGUAUAUAUUGAAAGAAGACUGUUUAGAACAUGAUAGCUACAUGCUUUUCAGUGCAAUAAUGAAAGGCUUAGAAAGAUUCUAUACGACGGGUGAUAUUGUACCUACGUCUUGUGGUAGACUACCCACAUCCAAAAUGUCUCACAACCCUAAUGAAGUGAUAAGAUAUUUAGACAAAGUGAGGGAGGAGUUUUUAGUGCCUCUGGACCUCGAACUAUCUUUACAUUUAGUUGAAUGCAAUAUAUCUAUGGAACUGUUUGGGAUUCGGUGGUUAAGACUACUAUUUGGUCGCGAGUUCCCUCGGUCAGAGAUCCCUAACCUAUGGGGCUUUCUAUUCGCCGACGGACCGAUGUUCCCGAACUUACAUUACGUUAUCGUCGCCAUGUUGGUCUCUAUGCGGAAUACAUUAUUAGACCCAGACCCUGGCGUGAUACUGUCAGCGCUGAUGCGUCCGUCGUGCCUGUGCGUGGGCUACGUGUGUGCACUCGCCCUGCACCUGCGGGCGCCGCUAGAGUUCCCGCGCCCGCCCGUCAGGCAGGAGAAUACUAAUCACAACAACAACACGGAAUCCCAAACCCUAAAACCUUGGAGCAGCAUCGAACACAUAAACACGGACGGCGACUCCGGGUCGGAGGGCGUCGCGGAGGGGGCCGACGUGGCGCGAGAGCUCGCCGCACUCGCACUGCUGCGCGCGCAGCUCCCACGCGCCGCCGCCGCACUCGCACGUGCCCUGCCGCGCCCGCCGCCGCACGUGCAGCAGCCGCUGCAGCAGAUACUGCAGCUAGCAGCCCUUCUACAAUGCCGCAACCACGCCUUAAUAGACGUCGAAACCGCUCUCGAAGCAGCUGAAGGUCAACAAACCACUGAAAAGAUCGGCCGCCGGCAACUAGUCCCCGUCGCCAUGAUUACGAAGCAAGGACAACAGAAACAGGUAAUAAAACCUCUAAACAAAGUAAAGGAGGUCCCACUCAAAGUGUUCCACCAAGGAGAAUGUGUUGCCAGUGAUCUACCCUUCUUGGAUCCUUUAAGAUUGAGGACAGAGUGACUAAGGACAAAACUUAUGUUGUACAGCUAUUAUCAUUGAUUUUAAGGUCUUUUUAAUAUAAUAGUUUUGAUUUUAAGUCAUUCUCAUUGUUGGUUUAUGAAUGGAUUUUUAACAAAGUACAUUUUCAUUUAACAACAAAAUUGUUCUAAGUUUUGCUCAUUAAAAUGGUUUCUUUGCCACUAAGAUUUCUCUGACAUCGAAAAAGGGUGUCUCGAAUUUGUCUUGUCAGCUAAUUAGUUUCGAAUUUUACUUUUUUAUAUUGUGUUAUAAAUUCUUAAAGUUUAUGAAUACGUAUUUCUUUUAUAAAGUUUAAAUUUUCAUAGAAAAUUUAGUUUUAAUUAGAUUUUUAGACUAGUCAGGUCACAAAAUAGUAGUAAGUCUAAGCUUUGGCGAAAAUAAUAUUUAAGGUCUAAGAUAUAAUUGUUAUAAAAAGCUGCGUAUCAUGCAUUUAAUUUUACACUCGUUUGUCUACCAAUGUGAUUAUAGUAGAUUUAAGAAAAUAUCUUAUUAAUACUCUGUGGAUAUGCAAAUGUUUAUAUGGAUCUGUGGUUCAGGGAAAAAUGGUGUGACCAAUUAAAUAUUAAUUGGGUUUGUGUAAAAAAGGUCUUGCUUAUCUUAAAAAUGUGCAAUGAUUUGUCAAAAUUUACGGUAGCUAACUAAAUAUUAAGUGGAAGACAUUAUUUUGAUUAAUUUAUGUUUUUUUUUUGUAUUACCUGAGGAUAAAAAAAAAACUGCAUAGGUAUGCAAGAAUUUUCUACUUUUGGACAUGCUCACUAUAUUUACGCAUAUUACGAGAUUUUUUAUUCCAAAAUUAAAUAUAGCUCUUUGUAAGUAAAGCCGCAAUUUCUAAAUUUUAACAACAUAUUACAUUUUGUAUUGCUGUUUAAUCAAAUAUCAGUUUAAAAGUUAUCAUAUACUAACGAAAUAUAUAUAACAUUAAUAUGAAUGUAAGGUGAGCAGUAUUUGUAUAAUCCAGUAUUUAAACAGUUUCUUACAAUUUUAUCGCUGUUACAGUUUAAAUCACUAAAUCACUCUGGACUGCCAUAGUUUUCAUAUUCGUUUAUAAACAAAAAAAAAUGUUCUUUCUAAAAAUAAGUUCAAAUGUAAGUUAUUAUAUAAAAGCUACAUCAAAGUGUUUGAUAUACCUAUCUUCGUCCGUGCUUCUUUAUUUAAUAAGUAUAACUAUUAAAUAAAAAUGAAAAUACAAUUGUUAAUAGACAUUGAAUUGUAUGUUGUUUAUUUUAUUUUUUAGUGAUUUUUUCAAUCAAUUAAUUUAAAAGAAUACUGUUCUGUCUUUGUUUCUAAUACUAGUUGGCUGGUUUAUGUGAAGUAAAACAAAUAUUUUAUUAUUUACGAAACUAAAAUUUAUGGAUAUUAGGAAAAGAAGUUUUAAGAUAUUAAUGUUACAACUUUUAAAAUCUGCUUUGUAAUAUAAAACUUGUAUGUUAUUUUAAAGAUGAUACUUAUACUCAGUGUAAAUACUUUAAUUAUUUUUAUAUUGAGCCAAGUUUCGGCAGUCGUUUCAUAUAUUACAUACAAGUAGCGCAUUGUUACAUAUUAAUAUGUUUAUUAUCUUGUAAAAAGUUUCUAGUUAUGUGGGCCACGCUAUUAUGAGGGAUUUUGAUCUAUACCUCAUUUUUACUCUAGAUUUUUGGUCUUCAAAAAUCUGUAAUAAUUAUUCAAUACAGUUUUUCAAGAAGUUUAUGCUUAAGUCUUGGUUCAAUGUAUCAGUAGAUUUAAUUAAUGUGAUAGAUAGAUAAUUGCUUCAUUUAAAAAAUGUUUGAACAAACAUAUUGGCUGUUAUGCAAGUGAUUUUCGUACAAUGGAACGUAGUGGUAGUAGUUAAGUGUAUAUUUUGCUGUUUAGAUGUAAGCCAAAGAACAAGAUAAUAUGUAUGAGCCUUUGGAAUUUAUGAAAAAUGAAUAAAAUAUAUUUUUUCGUCA